CUUUUCCCGACCUCGCGAUCUCCUCAGUUCCACGACGACACGACAGCCCCAACACCCAACGACAUCUCGACGCCCAACGACCAUCGAGAUCACCUGAGCAGUCGCAACCAUGGCUCCUCUGUCCUACUCCAAGACCGCCAAGGUCCCCCGUCGCCCCUUCGAGGCCGCCCGACUUGACUCCGAGUUGAAGCUCGUUGGCGAGUACGGCCUCCGCAACAAGCGUGAGGUCUGGCGUGUCCAGCUCACCCUCUCCAAGAUUCGUCGUGCUGCUCGUGAGCUGCUCACCCUCGACGAGAAGGACCCCAAGCGUCUCUUCGAAGGCAAUGCCCUCAUUCGCCGUCUCGUGCGCGUCGGUGUCCUCGACGAGUCCCGCAUGAAGCUCGAUUACGUCCUUGCCCUCAAGGUCGAGGAUUUCCUUGAGCGCCGCCUCCAGACCUGUGUCUACAAGCUCGGCCUCGCCAAGUCCAUCCACCACGCCCGUGUCCUCAUCCGCCAGCGCCACAUCCGCGUCGGCAAGCAGAUCGUCAACGUCCCCUCGUUCAUUGUCCGCCUCGACUCCCAGAAGCACAUUGACUUCUCCCUGGCCUCGCCCUUCGGUGGCGGCCGCCCCGGCCGUGUCCGGAGAAGGAAGGCCAAGUCCGCCGAGAAGGGCGACGACGCCGAGGAGGAGGAGGAUGAGGAGUAAAUGUACUGUCCAGCCUGAAUUGUUUACGGAAGGCUAGCGGGUCGGAAUAAAAGUCUUGAUAGUACGGGGCAUAUGGAGCAAAACAUCUUAAAAAGCUCCUGGCGUUAGGGCCAAAAGGGAUUCCCGGAAUGCAUGAGAAUUUGACCAAUCCUCGAAUGGCCCCUGCCCGGCAGAUUGCGGUUUCGUGACCAUGUGUACACAACACAAUCUAUCAUUGCUUCAGGCCACGCAAUAGCAAUGACAAACAAACCUCCACACAA